AUGUGCCAAAGCCGCCACACAGGGGAGCGGUGGCCACAGCAGCGAGUGACAGCCAGCCUGGAUGGCCGGGGACACGGGGAUGGCCGGGAAGCCCAGACCCUCGGCCUCGUUGGUGCCCAGACCACCCAGCUCCUGGUGGAGCCCCCCUGGACACCAGCAGUGCUGUGGGACCAGGUGACACUGACUUGCCAGGGCUCGGGGACCGCUGGUGCCACCACCUGGUACAAGGACGGGCAGUGGUGGGGGCAGAAAGACCACAUCACUGUCACUGAGAGUGGCACCUACAUGUGUGACAGACCUGGCACUGGGCUGAGCCCCCCCAUGAGAGUCUUAAAUGGACCCCUCUGUCCCCCCGACUGGCUGGUGCUGCAGGUGCUGGUGCGGGCACUGCUGGAGGGGGACACGGUGACACUGCGCUGCCGCAGCUGGAAGAACAAAUCACUAACCAGCGUGCGCUUCUACCAUGAGGAGAAGGAUCUGGGGGAGCCCCGUGAUGGGACCAAGCUGUCUCUGUCCCCCCUGCAGCUGCACCACAGCGGCCGCUAUGGCUGCAGGGGCAGGGUGGGGGCUGCAAAUCCACAGUGGGGAGAGUCGGAGCUGGUGACAGUGACAGUGCACACCCUCAGGAAGCAGCAGGAAAGGGCCCCCCUGGAGCCCCCGGGUUUCCCAGAGGAGGGGGAGGUGCUGUACACCCACAUCGUGGGCACCCAGCGGGCAAGGGGGCCCCCCCGUGCCACUCCCCCCCAGGUGACCUAUGCGGAGCUGCAGGGACCCCGUGGGUGACAGCGGGACCCCAGUGACGUCUGCGAGAACGCGCUGUGUCACCGGGGGCACUGCGGACACUGCGGGCCCUGCCCGAGGGCACCGUCGUGGGUGUCCCCCCCUCUCCCCGGCUCCCGUGGGUGCCCACGAGUGGGGGGCCCCAUGUGGGGCUGCCCAAAGCCCCCGUUCCAGUGCUUCCAGUGCUCCCAGUACCCCCAGGGGCUCCCCGGAAUUCCA